AAUUGUUACACAAGUAGCUAGAAGAGAGUUAAGUCAACCAUCUACUACUAUGGUUUUCCAAGAGCUAGCUUCCAUUAACAAAGUGAACAAAGCUCCACUUUAUUGCUUUAAGAUUCUUCUCAUCAAAACCCAAAUCAUCAAAAGUUGAAAAAGUUCUUCUACUAAGUGGAAAAAUCACUAGGAUCUGGCUGUGACAAGUGGGUUUACUUUUGCUGUUUGGAUAGUGCUUUUACAUUUUGUGGUGCAAGCUCUGCCUUCUGCUUGUGUUUAUCUGAGUUUAUAUAAUCCAAAAGCUUUUUGAUUCAAGAGGUGAAUUCUUUCUCUGAUGGGUGCUUGUUGGAGCAAUAGGAUUAAGGCUGUGAGUCCUUCCAGCACAGGGUUCACGUCGCGAAGUGUAAGCAGAGAUGGUUAUGAAAUCAGCUCAAAUAGUAGGAGCUCAUCAGCCUCCAUUCCCAUGACACCCCGGACCGAGGGCGAGAUCUUACAAUCUUCCAAUUUGAAAAGCUUCAGCUAUGCAGAGCUAAAAACGGCCACUAAAAACUUCCGGUCCGACAGCGUCUUAGGCGAAGGUGGAUUUGGUUCGGUUUUUAAAGGGUGGAUUGAUGAGAAUUUGCUUGCUACCACAAGGCCAGGAACUGGUGUGGUUAUUGCUGUGAAGAGACUCAACCAAGAUGGUUUCCAGGGUCACAAAGAAUGGUUGGCUGAAAUCAACUAUCUUGGACAACUGCAACAUCCUAAUCUAGUCAAAUUGAUUGGCUACUGCUUAGAGGACGAGAACCGGCUUCUAGUCUACGAAUUUAUGCCUAAGGGAAGCGUGGAGAAUCAUCUCUUUAGAAGAAGUGUUCAUUUUCAGCCACUUUCAUGGACUCUGCGAUUAAAAAUAGCCCUCGGUGCUGCGAAGGGUCUUGCGUUUCUCCACAGCACAGAAACUAAAGUCAUAUACCGAGACUUCAAGACUUCGAAUAUCUUGCUUGAUACUAACUACAAUGCCAAACUUUCCGAUUUCGGGCUGGCCAGAGAUGGACCGACUGGUGAUAAGAGCCAUGUCUCGACUCGGGUCAUGGGAACACAUGGAUAUGCAGCCCCAGAGUAUCUAGCAACGGGUCAUCUCACUUCCAAGAGUGAUGUAUAUAGUUUCGGAGUAGUUCUUCUGGAAAUGUUAUCUGGAAGGCGCGCCAUAGACAAGAACCGGCCAUCUGGAGAACACAACCUAGUCGAAUGGGCAAAACCUUACCUUUCCAACAAGCGUAGAGUUUUUCGUGUUAUGGACACCCGUCUCGAAGGUCAAUACUCGGUUAGUAGAGCUCAAAAGGCCGCCACGCUUGCUUUUCAGUGUCUUGCCAUGGAUCCUAAGUACAGGCCAAAUAUGGAUGAUGUAGUUAGAGAGUUGGAGCAGAUCCAGGAUCCAAAGGACGUGUCGAAAAAUGGCAAUAGGAAGGAGCAUCGAGUCCGUGGGUCCGGCCUCGGCCUCGGCCUCCCUGCAUCUAGCAAAGGUGGUGCAGACUCUCCAAGGAAGACUUCUUAUCCCAGGCCUUCUGCUUCCCCUCUUUACGCCUAACUUAAGAGAAUUUUGGGAUGAGGUAAUUAGUAUGUGAAAUCAAGAUGUUGUUAGGUGUGGCAAACACCUCACUUUUAUGCAAGCAAUGUAUAGUUUGAAAAAGUACAUGAACCAACUUUUAGUUAACCAAUACUAGCCAACUUUAGAGUUUAAGGUUUAUAAUUUAGAGUGUAGGAUUAAGGGUCUAGGAUUCAAAACAAGCAAAAUAAUUUUAAAAAAAGUUGGCUAAUAUUGACUCAAAGAAGUUGAUUACCUAGCGUUACUCAUAUAGUUCCUAUCUUUCUUUGUUUUACUGUUUUGGACAACAUAAGAAAUUGUUAGAUUUGAUUUAA